CAUCCCACUACAGGGACUAUUUCCUCUGCCAGUUUCCAUCCUCAACAAUUCCAGUAUACUCUGGAUAAUAAUGUUCUAACCCUGGAACAGAGAAAAUUUUAUGAAGAAAAUGGGUUUCUUGUAAUCAAAAAUCUUGUACCUGAUGCUGAUAUUCAACGCUUUCGGAAUGAGUUUGAAAAAAUCUGCAGAAAGGAGGUGAAACCAUUCGGAUUAGUAGUAAUGAGAGAUGUGACCAUUUUGAAAUCGGAAUAUACUCCAAGUGAGAAGAUGACCACGAAGGUCCAGGAUUUCCAGGAAGAUAAGGAGCUCUUCAGAUACUGCACUCUCCCCGAGAUUCUGAAAUAUGUGGAGUGCUUCACUGGACCUAAUAUCAUGGCCAUGCACACAAUGUUGAUAAACAAACCUCCAGAUUCUGGCAAGAAGACGUCCCGUCAUCCCCUGCACCAGGACCUGCACUAUUUCCCCUUCAGGCCCAGCAAUCUCAUCGUUUGUGCCUGGACGGCAAUGGAGCACAUCGACCGGAACAAUGGUUGUCUGGUUGUGCUCCCAGGAACACACAAGGGCUCCCUGAAGCCUCACGAUUACCCCAAGUGGGAGGGGGGAGUUAACAAAAUGUUCCACGGGAUCCAGGACUACGAGGAAAACAACGCUCGGGUGCACCUGGUGAUGGAGAAGGGAGACACCGUUUUCUUCCAUCCUUUGCUCAUCCAUGGGUCUGGUCAGAACAAAACCCAGGGAUUCCGGAAGGCAAUUUCCUGCCAUUUCGCCAGUGCCGAUUGUCACUACAUCGAUGUGAAGGGCACCAGUCAAGAAAACAUUGAGAAGGAAGUUGUAGGAAUAGCAAAUAAAUUCUGGGGAGAUGAAAACAGCAUGGACUUGAAGGAUAUUUGGAUGUUUCGAGCUCGACUUGUGAAAGGAGAAAGAAUCAAUCUUUGAAAUAGCCAUCUGCUGUAACUCUUUCACCAGAAAACCAAAACCAAACAAAAUGUCUUAGGAAAAUGUUUUCUUAAUGAGAUGAUGUAACCUUUUCUAUCACUUGUUAAAAGCAGAAAACAUGUAUCAGGUACUUAAUUGCAGAGAGUUAGUUUUGCAGCGCAAUGGUGUUGCUUUAAUGGAAAUAAAAAAAGUAAAAGUGAAGUAUUACUGUUUUAAGAAAAACUAAUUUAGGGUUGCAGCCAAUAAAGGUGAUUGGUGUAUAAUUUAAGUGUUAAAUCAAUUUCUUUCAUUCAAUUAGCUCUUUACCCAAGCAGAAGUGAAUCAUUUGGAGCUUAGGGUGUGUGUGUUUUGUAUCCCCUUUCUGGUAAACCCAUUCCCUACCAAUUUUAUGUCAUAAGAGAUUUUUUUUCCCCCCAAAUCUAGAACAAUGUAUAAUACAUUCACAUUAAGUGAAGGGCAUAGGAAGGGUGUCAUGGAGUCCAAAUAAAGAUGAAUAUUCCUGCUCCGA